CCGCCAAUUUCCAGAUCAAUCUAAACGGCUGAGAAUAUCAAUCCGCGACAACUGAAUUCCACCAAUCACAUCUCGCCGCUCGUUUCCUAUAUAAACAAACCCUACUAUACAAUAAUUCUCAUCAUCUCAACAUUCACGCAAAUUUCCAUCGAAUACAAUACAACCCCUAUUUUCUCUCUCUAGCUUUAUCUCUCUUAAAAUGGCGCCUAAGGCCGAGAAGAAGCCUGCCGCCGAGAAGGCCCCCGCGGCUGAGAAGGCUCCGGCGGAGAAGAAGCCGAAGGCCGGGAAGAAGCUGCCGAAGGACGGCAGCGCCGCCGCCGGAGACAAGAAGAAGAAGCGUAACAAGAAGAGCGUGGAGACCUACAAGAUCUACAUCUUCAAGGUGCUGAAGCAGGUUCACCCAGACAUCGGUAUCUCCAGCAAGGCCAUGGGGAUCAUGAACAGCUUCAUCAACGACAUUUUUGAGAAGUUGGCGCAGGAAUCUUCGCGGCUGGCGCGCUACAACAAGAAGCCGACGAUCACCUCCCGGGAGAUUCAGACCGCCGUGAGGCUGGUGCUUCCCGGCGAGCUGGCCAAGCACGCCGUCUCUGAAGGGACUAAGGCUGUUACUAAAUUCACUAGCUCUUAAAUUGAAUGGUUUGUUAGGUUUUUAUUUUUGUGCUCUUCAGAUUUAGGUUUAAAUUAAGGCUUUGGAUUGUGUUCUGUUGGUGUAAAAAAUGAUGAAUUUGAUGAACUGAAGAUGCAAUUAGUGGUUGAUUUUUGAGGCA